AUGGGAUUGGAAUCUGAUCCUAUUAAACAGCUAGCCCUUCCAUCCAACUGCCAGCAACUUCCGAAGCCUCGAAAAUUGGAAAUUCGGACUCGAGAAGUGGAUCAAGUCACCUUCGAACGCGUUUUCGAGAGGUUCACCAAAGAGAAACGAGAAAAAAGUCAGGCACCGAGCACGCUUCCACUCGACGAGCGAUCUCGAAUUCUGAUGGAUCGAGUGAACAAGAAACCAUUCAAACCGGAGAAAAGCGAAAUGUUUGCUGAUGAACCGUCGUCGUUCUAUCGGAAAACAUCGUCUACUCAGAAGAAGAAAAUGGAAGAAUCACAGUUUUUGGAUGAUGAUUCGUAUAGUCAAGUUCCACGGUUGAUCAGCGUUCGGAAGAUGCCUGGCGAGAACGUGUUCACUGAUAAAGGAUGUCCGUUUUGGGCCGAGCAUUUGGAACCGACCGAGGAGGAAAUGAAAGACGUCGAAGAAUCUAUAACAGUGGGCACCGAUCACAUUGAGCACUUCCAUGCGAACAAGAUCCGCCCCUUCACUAUUCCAAACACAAAAGUGGAACUCGACGAGCUGCAGCCAUUGGUGGAGAUGAAAAAACGAGAUCAGGUGCAUUUCGAUCCUCGACUCGUAUUUUCCAACACACUUCGAUCGCUUAUAUUCUUAUGUGCGAGUGACGAAAUGAAGAAGAAACGGAAGCAGGAAAAGACACCAAAGUCAGCGGAAGCGUUGGUCAAGAUCAGAUUUGAUAAUCAGAAAUCGAAGGAAUGGUCUUAUUUGCGAUCGAAUCCAAUCGAAUCGAUUCGAGAUGCUAGGAAGAUCCCGACUACUACUACCACAACUACUACCACGACCACCACGACUACUACUGCAUCCAAAACUGAUAGUCGAGAAGAGCACGAGCACUAG